AUGGAUCUAGAGGUGGAGGAGGUGAACGGGUCGAACUAUUCGCGGAAUGAGAGCGGCGGCGGGCUGAGCGCGUCCUCUCCCGGAGUGUCCACUGCGCUGGCCAGCGUGCUGAUCUUCACCAUCGUGGUUGACAUCCUGGGCAACGUCCUCGUGAUCCUGUCCGUGUACAGGAACAAAAAGCUGAGGAAUGCAGGAAACAUCUUCGUGGUGAGCUUGUCGGUGGCCGACCUGGUGGUGGCGCUGUACCCUUACCCUCUGGUCCUCACUGCCAUUUUCCACAAUGACUGGACCAUGGGGGACCUGCACUGCCAGGCCAGCGGCUUCAUCAUGGGACUGAGCGUCAUCGGCUCCAUUUUCAACAUCACGGCCAUCGCCAUCAACCGCUACUGCUACAUCUGCCACAGCCUCCACUACGACCGCCUGUACAGCCUGAGGAACACCUGCUGCUACCUGGGCCUCACCUGGCUGCUCACCGCCCUCGCCACAGUGCCCAACUUCUUCGUGGGCUCGCUGCAGUACGACCCCCGCAUCUACUCCUGCACCUUCGCCCAGACGGUCAGCUCGUACUACACCAUCUCGGUGGUGGUGAUUCACUUCCUGAUCCCGCUGCUGGUGGUGUCGUACUGCUACAUGAGGAUCUGGGUGCUGGUGAUCCAGGUGAAGCAUCGGGUGAAACCCGAGCAAAGGACCAAACUGAAACCGAGCGACGUGAGGAACUUCCUGACCAUGUUCAUGGUGUUUGUGCUGUUCGCCGUGUGCUGGGCGCCGCUCAACCUCAUCGGCCUGGCCGUAGCUAUAAACCCCGUCAAGGUUGCGCCCAACAUACCCGAGUGGCUUUUCGUCACCAGCUACUUCAUGGCGUACUUCAACAGCUGCCUCAACGCCAUCAUAUACGGGUUACUGAACCAAAACUUUCGCAAAGAGUACAAGACGAUCCUCCUUGCCGUCUGCAUCCCGCGUUUGCUCCUGGUGGAAACCUCCAGGUGUGCCACCGAGGGACUCAAGAGCAAACCUUCGCCGGCGGUGACGAACAACAACGUAGCAGAGGUCGAUGUAUAAACUUGUGUUUUACUGGGAGAGUGUGCCACGAUUAACCCAGUGCCUUUUCAACUUGUGUUUCGAAUUUGUGUCUUAAAGGAUACGACCACGCUUGAAGAGGGACACUCGUGCUAUUCUGUUCAGCCACUACUCGUCCCGUGAGACAAAAGCACUGCUUGUAUCACCAGUACUUUGUGUUCUGCUGUGACCUUCUCUUUCACGCCCCGCUCAGCGAUCGGCCUGCAAAUUGGUUAAGACGGAGAAUUAAAAAAAAACAGUCCGGAGAUAAGCUACCAGCUGAUCCGGGUCAUUAUCAGAUACAAAAAGUUUCUUUAUUAAUCCUCCACAGGAGCAGUCCACUCCAAAUCGUACAGCCUUUUGUUGUGUUCCAGGGUGUGAGAUUUUAUCUAUGAAGCCACGUCCAAGCAUGUGUACAUCAUGUGCAUGAGAAUGACUCUGCAUAUUUGCACAGAUCAAUUAUG